CUAAAAAAAAUCUAUCUAUCUACAAAAGAAAACUUAUCAACCACUACAACUUCACAAAAAUACCACCAACCUACUUCAAUCUACCUCCAGAGAGAGAACCUCUACUACUAACCUACCAUGAAUUAAAUAGCAGAGUUAGACACCUCUUUCCUAUUGACCCAUCACUUGAAGAAACAAAUAUCAGAGAUAUAGCAGAGAUACUUAGAAAAUAUUACAAGUUCAGAAGUAUACCAGAUGACUUCUUCAUACAAAAACCUACCCUACCACAGGACCCAAACAAACUGAAACUGCAUACCCAAUACACUUACCCAAUUACUGAUGACAAAAUUGCACGCGAAUUCUUCAACGAAGCAAAAGCAAAAUAUAAGAUAAACUUCCCAAUAAACCAGGCAAUUCUGAUAGCCAACCUAUUAAAAUAUCAAAACCAAUAA